AUGUCAUGCAGGGCUCCCAAAAGGUACCUGUUUGUCAAAAGGUUUUUCAGUCUUCACAGCGUCUCCGAAAAGAAGCUACGGCGUUUACAGGGAUUGUUAAGAGGAGAAGACACUCCAAAAGAACUGCGCAAAAAUGCAAUACAUAGAAUAAGGUUUUCAUUUUUUGCAACAUCUGGAAGCAAUCACAAAAUGGAAGAAAACGAAAGGUCUGAUUUUGAUAUUUAUGGAAACAAGAGUUUGCUCAAUUUCACGGAAUUUCUGAAUAAAUCGUUUGCUCUUUUAGAUAUAUCAGACAGAAAUGAUUCACAAAAUGACUUCAGUGGCAAGGCAUCGGGUCUCACCAUGCCUCUUCUUCAAGCAAUAUUAACAGCUAUAGUGUUAGGUGUCAUCAUGUUUGGGACUAUGGUUGGAAAUAUUUUAGUUGUAUUAUCAGUUUUCACAUACAAACCGUUGAGAAACGUGCAAAAUAUAUUUUUAGUUUCCUUAGCAGCAGCUGAUAUUGCUGUAGCUGUUUUCGUAAUGCCUUUUAAUGUAGCGUAUAAUAUAAUGGGCAAGUGGGUUUUCGGGCUUCAUCUUUGUAAGGCAUGGUUGACGUGUGACGUUUUGUGCUGCACAGCCUCAAUUCUUAACUUGGUUGCGAUCGCUUUAGAUCGCUACUGGGCAAUUCACGAUCCAAUAAACUAUGCCCAGAAAAGAACCUUAAACAGGGUCUUAUUUAUGAUCUUGGGCGUGUGGUCCAUGAGUUUAGUAAUAUCUGUACCACCGCUGAUUGGUUGGAACGACUGGCCGGAAACUUUUACCACUCAGACACCCUGCCAGUUGACGGAAGAAAGGGGUUACGUAGUAUAUUCCGCCAGUGGAUCAUUUUUUAGUCCAUUAAUCAUCAUGACAGUCGUUUACAUAAAGAUAUUUCAAACAGCAAGGAACAGAAUUCGCGUUAAAGCAAAAGCUGCUGCUAAUAUCAUGAAAAAGGACGCAGACGUGAACGUUACUUCAGCUAAGUCUCUAAACAUUCCUGUUAAAACAGUUUCUUCUGAUGUGUCCAGCCGUGAGACAAAAACUGAUAAUUCGAGUGUCAAUUGUAAUUCUUCAUCCAUUGAAAUGGAAGAUAAAUCAUCCACACCGCAGAAUUCAAUUUCUAAAGAAAAUCAGGACAACAACGCUACAGCCACCGUAGAUGAAACCAAAGAAGAAACUGAAGUAGAGAAACCAGUUGCUGCAGUUGUAACAGUUCGCAGUUAUAUGGAGCAAAAAGAACGCAUAUGUCUCCAAAAAGAACGAAGAGCUGCUCAAGUUCUUGGCAUUGUCAUGGGUGUUUUUGUUCUUUGCUGGCUUCCUUUCUUUUUGAUGUACAUUAUACUACCAUUUUGUGACAGCUGUUACAUUUCGGGAGAUAUAAUGAAUUUCAUUACUUGGCUUGGGUAUUUGAACUCGGCUCUAAAUCCAGUCAUAUAUACUGUUUUCAAUACUGACUUCAGAAGAUCUUUUCAUAAUCUGCUUUUUGGCAAGCACAGGUCAUAA